AUUAUUAUGGUUUUUUAUGCGAUUACAAAUAUUUAAUUUGCCUUUCUUCAAUAGCAAUACGAAAGGAAAAAAAUAAAGGUAUAUAUUGAAAAUGAAGGGACACCUAUAGAAGCUAUUACUUAUGUUUGGAAAGAUUCCCCUGAUUUGCUGGAUGAAAAAGAUUGGAAUUCUGAAGAAUUUGAAUGGAGUAAAUUUUCAGACUAUUAAUUACUAUUUAUUAUUUAAGAAUAUGGUUAAUACCCUUUUAUGUCUAUAAAUUAAUUCAAUGUUUCACAGAUACUAAAAAAGUUUGUGUAAAUUAUAUUCAAACGCUAGUUAUUUCGUGAAUUAUUAUUACAAAUAAAUAUCCAAAAUUUAUAGUUUAAAUUGUAAAAAGGUGUGCCGAAUGUCUAAUAAUCCUCUUUCAGGUUCGCAAGAUACUAAUAAUAAUGUUAUCGAGACAUCGACCAACAGAACUACUGUAGAUCCUACAAAUACAACUAUCGAAGAAAGUCCAACUGCAACUCUAGGAAACAUAAAUACUUCUACACUAGAGCUUUCGGACAUUAUUAUACGUGCUUGUUCGAAUUGUGGCGAACCCGCUCAAUACUUAUGUAAAGCUUGUGGUCAGUCGGGACCUCGUUAUUGUUCAUCAAAAUGUCAGAGCGAAGAUUGGACUAAGGGACAUUCCGCGACAUGUUCAAAAGCUACGCGCGCCGGCCAAAUUAAUGAGGAAGGAGGGGAGGAAGAAAUUGCUAUAGUUAGAAAACCUAAUAGUAAAGUUCACGGACGUGGAAAUGUUGCACAAAUUAUCAAUAAAAGAAAAACAAAUGAAAGAGGAAACCCAAUUUUCCCUUCGACUGCAACCGAACCAUCAUUCACGAACCAGAGACCUUUAUCUACAAAUCAAUUUGAUGAUGAUCAAGUCGAUGAGUUUAAAUUCUAUAUGCAACAAAUUUAUAAAAUUAUUAAGCCUGUAGUAUUGUGUAUUUUACUAUCUGUACUUUGGGUCAAAAUAUCAAUUCUUGCUCCAAAUUUUCGACCACAACAUCCAACUCAACAAAUUAUUGAUACUUCGGAAGAUGCAUCUGAAUCUGCACAAAUUUUUAAUUCUUUCUUAACAGCAGCAGUUAUAAUAGGAAACAUCAUUGUUGUUACAAUAAUAAUUGUAUGUUUAUUUAAAUAUGGGUUCAUUAAGAUUCUUAUAGGCUUCUUUAUGGUAGUGGUGCUUUUGCUUCUUGGAUUCAUGGGAUAUUUGUUAAUGAUUUUUUCAAAUUCCGAUGGACUAUGUCACACUUAGUUUUGCAUUGUGGAAUUUUGCUGCAGUAGGACUUAUUU